ACCGAAAGCCAUAGCCGAACACUGUGAAGAAAGCUCAGAGAUUUUCACCAAGCUCAGCUGAACUUCCCGCCUUCCGCAACCAAAUCAACCACCAUGUGCGGCGACGCAACGAACUGGGACGAAGAAGCAUACAGAGAAUCCAUAUUGAAGGAGCGAGAGAUCCAAACCCGAACAGUUUUCCGAACCGUUUGGGCUCCGUCGCUUAACCCUAACCCGGACACCGUCGUCGUCGCCUCCAGCGACGGAUCGGUUUCCUCCUACUCCAUCCCCUCCCUUAUCUCCAAGCUCCCACUGGGUUUCAGCAAUGUGAAAUCGCCAAAGUCGCUAAUGGCGGAACCUACUUGCUUCCUUCAAGCUCAUGAAGGACCUGCUUAUGAUGUUAAGUUUUACGGAAAUGGCGAAGAUUCUGUUUUGUUGAGUUGCGGUGAUGAUGGACGGAUUCAAGGAUGGAGGUGGAAGGAUUGGGAAGAAUCAGAUGUGCCUAUUCAUUUGCAAGGAAAGCAUGUGAAGCCCAUAAUUGACCUUGUGAAUCCCCAACAUAAAGGUCCAUGGGGGGCUUUAUCUCCAAUCCCAGAAAACAAUGCUCUAGCUGUUUAUAACGAGGGGGGAUGCAUUUUUUCUGCUGCUGGUGAUUCUUGCGUCUAUUGCUGGGAUGUGGAAAGAGGUCAAGUCAAAAUGACUUUUAAGGGGCAUUCAGACUACUUGCAUUCUGUAGUUGCUCGGAACUCUACCAAUCAGAUCAUAACUGGUUCAGAGGAUGGGACAGCACGGAUAUGGGAUUGCAAAAGUGGAAAGUGCGUUCAAGUAUAUGAGCCAGCCAAGGGUAUUAAGUUGAAAGGAUUUUUUUCGUGUGUCAGUUGCAUUGCUCUUGAUGCAAGUGAAAGCUGGUUGGCUUGCGGUAGUGGUCAGAGUUUAUCAGUUUGGAACCUUCCUGCUUCUGAAUGCAUUUCAAGGGUUUCAACAUGUGCAUCCGUACAGGAUGUAGUAUUUGAUGAAAACCAAGUAUUAGCAGUUGGAGCAGAACCUCUGCUUUCCCGUUUUGACAUUAAUGGGGCGAUUCUUUCACAAAUGCAAUGUGCUCCUCAGUCUGCUUUUUCCGUCUCAUUACAUCCAUCUGGGGUUACCGCAGUAGGAGGUUACGGUGGUCUUGUGGAUGUUAUUUCGCAGUUCGGAAGCCACUUGUGCACAUUCGGCUGCCGAUGCGUUUUACCCGCCACGUACCCGGAUCGAAUCUGGAGGGACGCUAAGACCAUACGCAAACCCUCACUCGCCGAGUUUUCACUCAUCAGACGCCCAACUCCUCUUUCUCUCUCGCUCUCGCUUUCUCCCUCUUGCAUUCCUCAACUCCGCGGCUUAGAUCCGAGGAGUUUGGGAAACCCUAAUUCCCAGAAAACCAGGACAAAGAUCUCUUGCGACGCUCUCUCUCUCUCUCUUCGCCUUCAACUCUCUCACUCAUCACUCGCAGUCAUGGCAGCAGCACCUGAAGGAUCGCAAUUUGACACUCGUCAGUAUGAUACCAAAAUGAGCGAAAUACUUGCAACUGAUGGGCAGGAAUUCUUUACAUCGUAUGAUGAAGUUUAUGAUAGUUUUGAUGCUAUGGGUCUUCAAGAGAAUCUUCUGAGGGGAAUCUAUGCUUAUGGUUUUGAAAAGCCCUCAGCUAUUCAGCAAAGAGGAAUUGUUCCCUUCUGCAAGGGUCUUGAUGUGAUUCAACAGGCUCAGUCUGGAACUGGAAAGACAGCAACUUUCUGUUCUGGUAUUCUUCAACAGCUUGAUUAUAGUUUGACGGAAUGCCAAGCCUUGGUUCUUGCACCCACUCGAGAGCUUGCUCAACAGAUUGAGAAGGUUAUGAGGGCUCUUGGAGACUAUCUAGGUGUGAGGGUGCAUGCUUGUGUUGGUGGAACUAGUGUCCGUGAGGACCAACGCAUUCUGUCAAAUGGAGUUCAUGUUGUUGUUGGAACUCCAGGUCGUGUUUUUGAUAUGCUUAGAAGGCAGUCACUUCGUCCUAAUAGCAUCAAGAUGUUUGUUUUGGAUGAGGCUGAUGAAAUGCUUUCCCGUGGUUUCAAGGAUCAGAUCUACGACAUAUUCCAGCUUCUUCCAUCAAAGAUUCAGGUUGGUGUGUUCUCAGCCACAAUGCCUCCUGAGGCCCUCGAGAUCACAAGGAAGUUCAUGAACAAACCCGUAAGGAUUCUUGUGAAGCGUGAUGAACUCACCCUGGAAGGUAUAAAGCAAUUCUAUGUCAAUGUCGACAAGGAGGAAUGGAAGCUUGAGACUCUUUGCGAUCUGUAUGAGACCUUGGCUAUUACCCAGAGUGUCAUUUUUGUUAAUACUCGACGCAAGGUUGACUGGUUGACUGACAAGAUGAGGAGCCGAGACCAUACAGUUUCUGCCACUCAUGGAGACAUGGACCAGAACACCAGAGAUAUCAUCAUGCGGGAGUUUCGUUCUGGAUCAUCUCGUGUCUUGAUCACCACUGAUCUUUUGGCUCGUGGUAUUGAUGUUCAGCAAGUCUCCCUAGUUAUUAACUAUGAUCUGCCCACCCAGCCCGAGAACUACCUUCACAGAAUUGGUCGUAGUGGACGUUUUGGAAGGAAGGGUGUUGCCAUCAACUUCGUAACGAAGGAUGAUGAGAGGAUGCUGUUUGACAUCCAGAAGUUCUAUAACGUGGUUGUGGAGGAGCUGCCUUCAAAUGUUGCGGAUCUUCUGUGAAGAGAUUUUGUCUUCUUAAUUACCCAAGGAAAAAGCCGGUAUCUGCGUAGUAAGUGUUGCUUUGUAUUGAAGUUUAUUUUCUGUUUUUCGUCCUUUGAGCCCUCCACAUCCCCCACCAUUUUGUGUCUUCUCUUAUAUUAUUUAGGAUCUAGUUACUUAAUUUAUGGUUGUUGGAUUAAUAUUUAAGUGGUACAAGUUAAACUUGCAAUGUGAAAACCGUCGUUGCCUGAAUUGGUUGUGGUGGCCACUCUGUUGUUGCAUACUUUCUACCUACUAAUAUUAUUAAUGUAUGUAUUCUUUUGAGGUA